UGAACAGGAAACGCUUACAAAGAUUGAAUCACCACUGGAAGGUCUGACCAAACAGGACAACUUUCUUUAGAAACAAAAAUUUAGGCUACACUUCUUAGAAAUGUAAAAGUUAAAACACCGUCUUAAACUGAAAUGUAGCCAUUUGAAUAUCAAUCAUAAUUUGUUGUGUUCUCUCAGGUUGUUUGGUCAGAUCUUCAAGGAUCCUGGAGGUGUCAUGAAUCCCACUAAUGUACUGUACCGUUUUAAAAUCAUCAUGAUAGGUGACGAUAAUGUGGGCAAGUCAUGCCUGCUGUAUCGAUACAUGUACGGAAGUUUUCCAAAAAUCGGAAAUGUUAACGUUGGUGUGCACUUCAACGAUAAGAUCCUAGAGGUGGAGCCUGGGGUGACAGUAAAACUACAAAUUGUGGAUACAGCCGGUCAUGAAUCGUUUUGGAGAAUUAACUGCUAUGCCUUUCCACAGUCAGCUGGAUGCCUGCUGGUUUUUGACCUGUGCAAUUACAAGUCUUUUACUUGCAUUAAACAUCAAUACACAGAGGUGUGUAAUAGAGUGAAUCCAUACACUGUCCUCUUUGUACUUGUGGGAAACAUGUGUGACAGAAAAGAGCAGGAAGUGAAUGAAGAGGAGGUGGAAGAGUUCGCACGUGAAUUGGGAGCACCGUACAUCAAGGCCUCGGCCAAAACGGGUCACAAUGUGGCAGAAGUUUUUGAGCUGGUGACCCGUCGCAUUUAUCAGGGCUAUCUGAAUGGAGAGGUGCACUUACAUGAAAGCUGGGGCAAGGUCCAUUAAGAUAUACCAGCUGAAAACAAAGUCAGCAUGAGUCUCAAAGUCUCAUAACAACGAGUAUGUCACAUACAACAUGUCCAAUACAUACAACAACCAGUGUCAUAAAAACACUGCAGUCACAUUUAACUGUUUUGGAAAAAAUUUAACACACUAUACAUGGGACUUUUCACUUUGAAACUGCCAUGAAAUGUUUAUUUUAUGUCAUUUAUGUUUAUUUACUUACAUAAAGGCUAGAUCUUUAUGCAUUAUGUAAUUCAGAUGUACAAAAACGCUAAGAUAAGUUCAUGUUAUGUAUUAACAUUCACACUGAAUAUGUAAACUUUUAAUAACAUUUCAUUUGUUGACAAACUCAUUCAUCCAGUAUAUUAAAACAAAACAAAAAUAUUGUGUAAAUGUUGUUUGCCUUCAGAAUUGGAUACAAAACAUUCAUAACUUUUUCACUGCGUGAUGUUUAUCUGCUAUGUUUGGAAAUGUUAUAUAACCUUUAUCAAAUAAACUAACGACAUUUA